AUGGGGGACAGAGCUGGUCAGCAAGAGCAAGGGAGACCCAGCCCUCGUCUGGAAAAGCUACAGCAUUGGGCAAGGCACAGGCAGAGUGGGCACCUCUUGGUGCUGGCGGUGAGCCAACUAUGGCUCGCAGUGGCUGUGGUGCCCUUGGCUGUCUCAGUUGCCUGCCUGAACUCUGCUUGUCACAUGGCCACCGCACUGCCGCUUGGACCUGGAGCACUGGGUCUCCUCACUGGGAUUGUUACCCUUGAGCUGCGCAGAGCACCCCGCCUUUGGAAGGUGCGCGCCAUGAUGAUAUUCAACACCAUCAAUCUGAUCUUGGGCUUCAUUGUGGUGGUGGUUGAGGUGAUGAAGACAGCCUUGGGGCCUGCAGCACCUGCCUCCUCCAUGCUGGAAGGCUUGUUGGUGCUGGAGCUCAGUGCUGAGGCUUUCACCCUAGGAGGAGUGCUGUUCUCAGCGUAUUCCCUACUCCUGCUAAACCAGAGGAAGCCAGGAUGCUGCAGGAGACAGAGUCUGCACUACCAGGAACUGCAGGAGGGUCUCUCUGAGUUGGAGGAAGUUACUGAUUUGGAGAACGGUCCCGCGGUGGCUAGCACAGCAAACCGAACAACUGAAUGAGGUGGCAAGGGAAGCAGACAAGCGCUGCUCUCCUACCCUGUGGGAGCGUUCUCCGGACCCUACUGCACCCCACCAAAAUCAGAAAACAGAUGGAGGCCCUAGAGACCUACAUGCAAUCCAGUGGGAAUGCCUUCAAUUUCCACUCAGACUAGGCCUCUUUCUCGUCUAGGGG